AUGGACCAAGGCGAGAGAGAGAGUCGCGAGGUGAUGACUAGUGUGGAGUCUUUCUCUGAGCUCCCCUUCAUCCGCUCGGCGGCCGCCCGGGAAAAGCCCUCGGGAGGCAUUAGGCUUUUCGGGAAAGAAUUAAGCGAGGAAACGGAAAAUAUGAGGUGCAGGCGGAGAUUCGAGUGCCAUUACUGCUGCCGCAACUUCCCCACUUCACAAGCCCUGGGCGGCCACCAGAACGCCCACAAGAGGGAACGCCAGCACGCCAAACGGCUGCAGGCCCACGAUUACACCUACACUACUACUACUACUACUGGAUAUCAUCAUCAUUCAUGGAGCAGCAGGCUCUACACCAACACCAGCCCCUACGUGGCUCAUUAUCAUCACCACGAACCAAUCAACGGCAGCCCUCUUGCCAUGUGGCGGCCCCUCCCUCAUGGCAGGCCCAGGCAUGCCGAUAUUAGUUCCUUUUUCAAUAAUGUUAAGGAGGAUGUACCAAGUGUCGGGUACGAAAUGAAGACGACCAGCAUCAACGAGCAUGUGAGUUUGGAUCUACGUCUCUAG